AUAUAUAUUUAAAUAAAAGAUUCAAAAUCAGGCAUUUAAUAUGAUUUUUUUGCAGUGGUUGAAAAACUACUUGACAACCUGAUUUGGAUGAGGCCAUACAUGUGACAACGCUGUCUCUUCCUUCAUCUGGCUGAUUCUGACAGCAACAUCGAAAAUGGUAAACGUACCGAAACAACGUCGUACGUUUUGUAAAAAAUGCAAAGUACACAAGUUACACAAGGUAACGCAGUACAAGAAAUCCAAGGAACGUCAUGCCUCCCAGGGUAGAAGACGUUACGACAGGAAACAACAAGGUUUCGGAGGUCAAACUAAACCCAUCUUCAGGAAGAAGGCAAAAACCACCAAAAAGAUCGUCUUGAGGAUGGAAUGCGCUGACUGCAAGUACAGAAAGCAAAUCCCCCUCAAAAGGUGCAAGCACUUCGAACUUGGCGGUGACAAGAAACGCAAGGGACAAAUGAUUCAGUUCUAGGUUGUACCUUGUACUGUGUAUUUUUUAAGUUAAUAAAAAAACAAAAUUAAA